AUGGCAGCCACCACGGAUGAGAAACCCGCUGUCGUCAGCCUCUCAGAUACCGAGAAGGAACUCGGCUCUAAGGUACCGGAUAAGCUGGCGGGCUUUGAGGACCCGGAUGCUGGAUUGAGUGAGGAGGAGAAGGCUAGAAUAGACCGCAAACUCCUGUGGAAGCUUGACGUGCGUCUUGUACCAUGGCUGAGUCUACUCUAUCUCGUCUCCUUUCUCGAUCGUACAAAUAUCGGCAAUGCCAAGAUUGAUGGCCUGUCAAAAGAUCUCGGCAUGUCCCCGGAUCAAUACAACGCUACCCUCACAAUUUUCUUCGUCUCAUACUCCGUCUUUGAGCCGUUGACCAAUAUUUUGCUCAAGCGAUUGCGGCCGAGUAUUUUCAUUCCAUCUAUUAUGAUUGCUUGGGGUAUCUGCAUGACCUGCAUGGGUCUGGUCAAGAAUUACUCGGGUCUCAUGGCCGUUCGCUGGUUUCUCGGUCUCAGUGAGGCUGGUCUGUUCCCCGGUGUCGGUUACUUCCUAUCAUGCUGGUAUAAGCGUUCAGAAUUCGGUGUGCGAAUGGCCAUCUUUUUCUCUGCUGCUGCGCUGGCCGGAUCCUUCGGUGGUUUGCUCGCUGCCGCCAUUGCAAAGAUGGAUGGUGUUGGUGGCAAGCGAGGUUGGGCCUGGAUCUUCAUUCUGGAGGGACUGGUCACGGUCGUGAUUGGUUUCAUUUCCUUCUGGUGUGUCUAUGACUUCCCCGACCAGGCAACGUUCUUAUCACCGGAGGAUCGUACGCGAGUGUUGCGCCGUCUUGCGGCCGAUCAGCAGUCCAGUGCGGAACAUGAAGAGUUCAAGAUGUCGUAUUUCUGGGCUAGUGUCAAAGAUUGGAAGACUUGGAUUGGAGCUGUUAUCUACAUGGGAGCGGAUGGAUCGCUGUAUGCGUUCUCGCUGUUUGUGCCAACAAUUAUCAACGAACUAGUGAGUUCCUCUGGCAAAACGAUGUAUCACUCGAUCCGCGCUCAGCUGCUCAGUGUGCCACCAUACGCCGCGGCUGCCAUUUUGACCGUCUCGAUUGGCUUCAUUGCAGACCGCACACGCCAGCGUGGUCUCUGCAAUAUUGGCGUUUCCUUCCUCGGCAUGAUUGGCUUCGCCAUGCUUUUGGGAUGCGAGUCCCCCGGCGCACGAUAUGCAGGCGUUUUCCUCGGCGCCAUGGGUAUAUACCCAGCCAUUGCAAACACCAUCUCCUGGUCUAGUAAUAACAUCGAAGGUGUUUACAAGCGUGGUGUCUCCCUCGGCUUCAUUAUUGGAUGGGGUAACCUCAAUGGAAUCGUCUCGUCGAAUAUCUACCGCGACAAGGAUAAGCCCCGCUACUACCCGGGUCACAGCGUUGUUCUGGGCUACCUUGUAUUGUUCCUGUUUGGUGGCUCGGUUGUGCAGUAUCUGCUGCUCCGUCGCGAGAAUGCCAAGCGCCGUCGCGGAGAGCGUGAUCAGUGGAUCGAGGGAUUGGAUCACAGUCAGAUUGAGUUGCUGGGUGAUAAACGCCCAGAUUUCAUGUACACUCUGUGA